UUGCAGUGCUUCGUCAGGUGGAGGAGGUAGGGGUGCCUCUCUGCACUACACCAAGACUGUCGGAAACAGGUGGAAAGCUGUGAUCAUCAGUGUUUUACCAGGAUUUUGAUUAGGUGGAAUUACGCAACCGGAGAAGAUCGUCUGAGAGACCCAAACACCCCCCACUCCCCCAGUCGCUAAAGCACUGGUGUAUUUUCAUUAAUACAUCUGCGCGACGUGCAGUUGCAUGCAGCGCGCAUUAGUUGGAGCAGACUCCGCGGGUUGUGCGCCUGUAUCGCACAGUAACCCAGCCGCGCGGAAACGCUGCGAGUACCUGGGGAAAACCCCAGGGCCUGGCGUUCAGAGAUGGAUUCCUUCACGAAGCACUAGACGAGAUGUUAACUCCUCAAAUAACUCCGCCAACAACACUGCGCACACCUCCGCAAGUGAGAAAGAACGGCACGAUGCAAUCUUUAGGAAAGUAAGAGGCAUCUUAAACAAGCUUGCUCCUGAGAAGUUUGACAAGCUAUGCCUUGAGCUCCUUAAUGCGGGUGUAGAUUCCAAACUCAUCCUGAAAGGAGUCACACUGCUUAUUGUAGACAAAGCCCUCGAAGAGCCAAAGUACAGCUCACUCUACGCUCAGCUAUGUCUGCGAUUAGCAGAAGAAGCACCAAACUUUGAUGGCCCAGCACCAGAGGGUCAACCAGGGCAGAAGCAAAGCACAACGUUUAGACGCCUCCUAAUUUCCAAACUUCAAGAUGAAUUCGAGAACAGAACCAGAAAUGUUGAGAUAUAUGACAAGCGCGACAGUCCCCUCCUUCCUGAGGAAGAGGAACAGAGAGCCAUUGCGAAGAUCAAGAUGCUGGGGAACAUCAAGUUUAUUGGAGAGCUUGGCAAGCUUGAUCUUAUUCACGAGUCUAUCCUUCAUAAGUGCAUCAAAACACUUUUGGAAAAGAAGAAGAGGGUCCAACUUAAAGACAUGGGAGAAGAUUUGGAGUGUCUCUGUCAGAUAAUGAGGACUGUGGGGCCUAGAUUAGACCACGAAAAAGCCAAGUCCUUAAUGGAUCAGUACUUUGCCCGGAUGUGCGCCUUGAAGACUAGUAAGGAAUUGCCAGCAAGGAUUCGUUUCCUGCUGCAAGAUACAGUGGAUUUGCGAGGAAAUGGCUGGGUUCCUCGCAAAGCUUUUAUUGACAAUGGACCAAAGACUAUCAAUCAAAUCCGCCAAGAUGCAGUGAAAGAUCUGGGAGUCUUCAUUCCUGCUCCUAUGGGUCAAGGAAUGCGAACAGAUUUCUUCUUGGAAGGACCAUUCAUGCCACCAAGAAUGAAACUUGACCGGGACCCUCUUGGAGGACUUGCUGACAUGUUUAGGCAGAUGCCAGGCAGUGGUAUUGGUACUGGUCCAGGAGUUAUACAGGACAGGUUCUCCCCAACCAUGGGACGUCAUCGUUCAAAUCAGUUGUUCAAUGGGCAUGGUGGGCACAUCAUACCUCCUGUACAGUCCCAGUUUGGUGAAAUUGGAGGCAAACCUUUUAUGAAAAGCCAGGGGCAAGGCCAGAUGUACCAGAGUCAGGGGCUCUUAUCGCAACAAGGGCAGUCGAAGGAUAUGGCCCCUCGGUUUAUUAAAAAAGGCCAGCUUAAUGCAGAUGAGAUCAGCUUGAGACCAGCUCAGUCUUUCCUAAUGAAUAAGAACCAAGUGCCAAAGCUCCAGCCUCAGAUGAGUAUGAUGCCACCUCGCACACAAACUCCACCCAUGGGACAGACACCUCAGCUUGGCCUGAAAACCAAUCCACCACCCAUCCAAGAGAAGCCUGCCAAGAUUGUAAAGAAGCCUCCACCAUCAAAAGAAGAACUACUUAAACUUACUGAAGCAUUUGUGACUGACUACUUGAAUAAUGGAAAUGCGGCUGAUGCCAUAAACAGUGUGAAAGAAAUGCGAGCUCCAAAACACUAUAUCCCAGAAAUGAUCAGUAGGAUAAUCCUCCAAUCACUAGACCGCUCUGAUGAAGACAAAGAGCAUGCCAGCGAAUUGAUUGGUAUACUUCGACAAGAGGGAGUGGCCACGAGUGACAACUUCAUGCAGGCUUUCCUGAAUGUGCUGGACCAGUGCCCCAAACUGGAGGUAGACAUACCCCUGGUGAAAUCCUACCUGGCACAAUUUGCAGCUCGUGCCAUCAUCGCGGAACUGGUGAGCAUUUCUGAACUGGCUCAGCCCCUGGAAAAUGGCACCCACUUCCCUCUGUUCUUGCUCUGCCUUCAGCAGCUGUCAAAACUUAAAGACCGGGAAUGGCUAACUGAGCUGUUCCAGCAGAGCAAGGUGACCAUGCAGAAGAUGUUACCAGAAAUUGAUCAGAACAAGGACCGCAUGUUGGAGAUCCUGGAAGGAAAGGGGCUGAGCUUCUUGUUUCCGCUGAUGAAGCUGGAGAAAGAGUUGCUGAAACAAAUCAAGAUGGAUCCUUCCCCCCAAACCAUCUACAAGUGGAUUAAGGAUAACAUCUCUCCUAAACUUCAUGUAGAUAAAGGAUUUGUGAAUAUUUUGAUUACCAGCUUUUUACAGUAUAUUUCGAUCGAGGUUUUCCCAACGGAUGAUGCUGAGCAGGCUGCUUCACCGUCGAAAGAGCAGCUGGAACAGGAGAAGCAGCUGCUGCUCUCCUUCAUGCCAGUAAUGCAGAAGUUCCUCCAUGACCAUGUUGAUCUGCAAGUCAGUGCCCUCUACGCCCUCCAAGUGCACUGCUACAGCAAAAGCUUCCCUAAAGGCAUGUUGUUGCGCUUCUUUGUCCAUUUGUAUGACAUGGAGAUUAUAGAGGAAGAAGCCUUCUUGGCAUGGAAAGAAGAUAUUACACAGGAGUUUCCUGGGAAAGGAAAAGCUCUAUUCCAGGUGAACCAGUGGCUGACCUGGCUGGAGACUGCUGAAGAGGAAGAAUCUGAGGAGGAGGUGGUCUAUUAAAGAACCAGCCAAAGCCUUAAGUUGUGCAAACAUACUGUUGCUAUGAUGUAACCGCGUUUGACCUAACCACUGCGAAAAAUCCAUUCCGCUGUAACGUUUUCGCAAUAUUUAAUGCAGAGGCGUGUCGCUAGGAUUCCUCCUGCAUAAGGUUUUUAAGUGUAAUGUCUUAAUCAUAGUCGGCCAUGCAGUAUUUUUUAGAGUAUCUGUAAUGUUUAGAUCCGUGUAUUAGCAGCAUGCAAUAAUUACAUCGUACGUUCUCAACAGAAGUGGUCUAUGGCAAGGACUUUGCUGCCGAAUAACGUGGGCUGUUGGGAGAAACUGACUAGCAACACUGAAUACUGUAGAGAUGCACUUUGCUCAGUGUAAUACUUGAGUUGUUGCAAUAUUUGGUUGUUACAGAGAAUCUUUUAACUGUAAUUGACGGUUGUUGCUGUAAUAGUAUAUAUUGCCUGUAUUUCUACCUCUAGUAAUGGGCUUUUUGUGCUAGAUUUUAAUAUCGUUGAGCCUGGGCAAGUGCACAAGUCUUUAAGAAAAACAAACAAACCUGGUUUACUUGCACAAAUCCUGCUCCGUUUUGAGAGUGUUCGCUGCCCUGAGAUAUGGUAUUGUGGGUGUGAAGCUUAAAAUGGUGAGAAAAUGAAUUGGUCCUUUAUUAUAGUAUUGAAAUUAAGUCUACUUAAUUUAUCAAGUCAUGUUCAUGCCCUGAUUUUAUAUACUUGUAUCUAUCAAUAAACAUUGUGAUACUUAAUGUGUGUGAUUUACUGACAUUGCAUGGUCAUGUGACAAGACAAAAAAGUGCACAAUAUUUAGGCUGGCUGCACCCGCAUGAGGCCUUUUUACGUUGGGCACUCUGUAUUGGAUCCUUUCAUCAGGAUGAGGCCACUUGCCGUAAUAAACAGUGGAGCAUAUGUAUUAACCUGGGGAAGGCAUAAGGAAGUGAUAAGUGCAAGGUGAUAAACGCACCAGCCAAUUGGCUCCAACAUAUAAAUUAACAGGAGCUGAUUGGCUGGUGCGUUUAUCACACUGCUCUGAACACUGGUUUAACACUACCUUAUGCCAUCUCCAGGCUUAGUACAUCUGCCCCGUGCCUCCCAUUAGUAGCUGAGGAAAGUGCAUUCUCACUGUUGUGUAAAUGCCUAACAGAACAGGGUGGUGCUGCAAUAAUGAGACCUAAAACUUUCAGCCUACUCGAAAUGAAUUAAAUGGCACAAGCAGUAGACCUGUGCGGGGAUGCCUUUCGGUUGGUUAAAUACUUAAUCUUUUUUUUUUUUUUCACCCCAUUUUUACUUGAUGUGGUAGUGCGCACUAACUCUUGUUUUUGUUUUUUUUGUGCUUUUUGCAUUAUUGUGCCAACCCUAUUAGCUUCUGUCUCGUAGUUGGAUUGCUCUGGUCUUUCAGUUAGAGGUUUUAGAAUCUCCUCCCUCCUUUGGGGCAUAAAUUGUGCCGUUUUCCUCAUGGUGAAGCCUGGGCAGCUCAGUCGGCACAAGGGGUGUUAGUACUGACCUGUUGAGGUGGUGGCUUCAAUGUGCAUGUGUGGGGUGUGAUACUUUGUUUUAUUUAAUGCUGCAGAUCUGCCUGUAUAAUACCAUAUGAUUAAAGUGCAAUGAAUGAAUUUCUACUAAA